AUGACCAUCUCCUUCCCUCGCAACAUCCAGAUCAUCUUUCCUCGCAACAACAACAACAACAACAACAAUAACCAUCAACAACGUCAACAACCAACCAAUCACCUCACUCUCAAAGCAGAUCAUCUUUAUGUUCAUGAUGAUUUUUCGUCCUCCUCCUCCUCCGAUGAUGACAAUGACACCAACACUUCUUCGACAGCCUACACCAGCUCUCUCGAAUAUUCGGAACAACAAAAAAGGUUUUUUGCCAACGAAUGUCUUCGAUAUGGAGAUUAUAUUUCUCUCUUCACGUCGGAAUCGAUGAGUGGUGGAGCAUCGUCGGAGAGUACGGUUGGAUUUUUGAGCGUGGAUGGAAUUAAUUUAACAUGCAAUAUCGAGGGAAAUGCAAAACAAAUUCGUUGUGGACUCACAGAAACUACAGAUAUUUCAACUUUAAAUUCAACAAAGAACGGAAAUGCCAAUCAACCACACACUCCAUUGCCACCCAUUUACAUGAUUCCCAAUUUUCAACAAUGCAUCUUUCAAGUUCAUUUCGCAAAGAGUUAUUCAGCCAUUAAAAAGUAUCAUCACUAUGUGAAUGAAUUGGAAAUUAAAAUGGCCAAUAAGAAGAGUCAUCACACUGGUGGUGUGAGCAAUCAAACAACGAACACUGGAGGAGCGUCAUCAACAGCAACAACUGGAACAUCGGCUACAUCAAAAUUGGCACAUCUUGCAAAAACAAUGGAUCACCAUGGAGCUACCAAAAGUAAAAUCAAAAAAAUCACAAAUAUUGUCCACGAGAGUAAUGAAUUGGCCCAAUUGAAACAACGUAUGGAGCGUGAAAUUCAACAGAAUGAAUUGGAGGCUGCUCGUCACAUUGGACAACCUGUAUAUUAUGGAUCUACCAUUCAAUUGUUUCAUGUACAGACGCAAAGUUAUUUGACUGUUGCGAGAGAAUCUGCAGAAAUGCAAAAAGACUGUUUGAGAUUGUCACUCGACCAGGAUGGUUCAAAAUAUUCACACUUUUCAUUGUUACCAUAUUUUAAUUAUCAAAAAGAUGGUGAUGUUGUGAAAUUGUCUGACAAGUUCCGUAUCUGGAAUAGAAAAUCGGGACAAUUUUUACAAUUUUCAUAUUAUCGAUAUAGUAAUAUUGCAGAUAUGACGCCAUCUUCAGGAAUUUCUACAAAAGGAAAUUCAGAUAAUUAUUCACAAAUUGCCAAGGAGGCUGUGAAAACAAAUUCAAAUCUUAAAAAGUAUUCCUAUGACAAUAGACGUGAAGUGAACAUGUCAGCUUCAAGUGCUUUCUCACAUUGGCACCUGAGAAUUUUCUCUCCUUAUUCUGAAUAUUUACAAGAUUCCAAGCAUGUCAAAGCAGGAGAUAUCAUUCGAAUUUAUCACAAAGAAUUUGAUGGUUUUUUGACAGUGAAUGAAAAAACAGGUCGUGUCAAAUUCAAAAAACGAGCUCAGUUCAUGUCGAAGAGCGAAUCAAAUGGUGCAGAUUCAUCCAUGAUGGGAAGUUCAUUGAUGAAAUCAGGAUUCUCUUCAACAUCGACAUUUUCACAAGGAUCCUUUCAUGUGGGUACCAGUGCCAAAGAUUUAUUAUCACAAAGCACCAAGUCAGGCUUUGCAUCGAUUGGACAUAACCAUGACAGCAGUCAAAAGUCACAAUUUUUGAGCUCUUCAAGUAACAAAAGUGGAGAUGAAAACACCAUUUCAUCCUCAGUCGAUCAACAAUUAUCCUGUCAAAGUUUGUGGCAAAUUGAAAUGUUAGAUUCCACAAAAGGAGGAAUUGUGAGAAGAAAUUUUGCGUUUCGUAUACGACAUGUCAGUACUGGAUAUUACCUCAUGUUAAAACCAAGUUCUGAGCAAGAGGAUCUUCGAGAGGAAGAAUUGGAAGAGAAUGAAGUCUCAGAGACAAAUAUUUCCUUCCUAUCUUCAACACUUCACAAUAGUUCCAUUCAUGAUUCAACAAGUCAAAACUCCAUUUCUGGAAGUACUGCCUCCAGUAGUACAAGUGGAGGUCAUAACAACAGUACACGAAAGAUGAGAUCUUCUUUGCUCAUUAAACAACCAAAACGAGAACAAGCAUUCAGCAUGUAUGUGGAACCUCAAGAAAAUUGUCACGAUAUUAUGAACAUGUUAUUUACGAUGCAAGAUGCCAUGUUGUCAAAUGACAUUUCUGCUCUCUCUUGGAAUGGCCAAUUUAGAAUCAAGCAUUAUCAAAGUGGAAGUGGUGACAAGGAAUUGGAAUCCCUUUCUAAAGUUCAAUAUUCUCCCGUUUAUUCGGUUCCAACUUUGAAAGAGCAAGACGUCCUUACAUGCUUUCCUGUCCGUCGUGAGGAAUAUGAAGAUCUCCUCACCGCUCAAAGUUACCUUCCCAUUCUCAAAUAUUUCCUCUCAAAAUUGAACGAUCACACUGUCAAACGAAAUGACGUCAAGACUUUUAUUAAUUUAAUUUCAAGUUGCAUUAGAUUCUGUACCACAAGCGACGAGAAGGAUCCUCUCUUGCGAGGCGGUAUUCCAAACAAAUAUCAUCAACAAUUAAUGAGAGAAAAAGGAAUUAUUGCACUCGUGAUGGAAAUUUUGAAUACACUCAUUUCACACAAAUAUCUUACCUUGGAAGAUAUGACACGCAUUGAUGAAAAUGCAGAAAAACAAGAUUACUACGAUGUUUUACAAUACUCAUAUCGCUUCAUUAGACAAGCUGUGUUGAUGAAUGAAGUGAAUGGUCUCUAUAUGGCUCAAUAUAUCAACUUUAUUCAAUCCACCAUUGAGUAUAGUAUUCAUGCAAGUGAGGCACUUCUUCAAAUUCUUUCCAAUAAUUUUGCACUUCUCAACAAAAUCACAGAAGAACAAAUUGAUUUUUUCAUGACCUUACUUUUCAAGAGUAACAGUACUACUGGAAUGAGUGGUGGAGGAAAAACGACUACUAUUAAUAUUCCUACACGGUAUCAAAAUCAUAUAGGUGGUUAUCUCAAGAAGGCAGUAUACUUGUCCUUCUUGACAAGUUUAAUUAUUUGUGAGGGAAAAACAGUUGUGAAAAAUCAAAAGUAUAUUUCAAAUUUACUUCUUGCCACCUACAAAGAACAAAUGAAUAAGGUAUUUCUCAUUCCUCGUAUUCGAAAGUCAGACAAUAAGGUGGUCGUUGACAUCAACCAUGAUGAAAUGGAUUUAGUGAGCUUUACAAAAUCUGCAACCGAUACAGAAUAUGUGAAUUAUUCCAAAGUCAAUUUUGAAUUACUUGUUUUCUUUCAAGAAGAAAUCAGGUUAUUUGCUGCCCUUUGCAGUGGAAACAGUGAAUCAACCGAGUUGACAAGGAAUGCAGUCAUUCAAUUAUUUACCUAUGAAAUUGUUUACAAAUGUUUACAAGAGCCAAACUUAACACCUGCUCUCAGAACUUCCUUUGUGAAUUUAUUGCUUCACAGUUUUGUGGAUACUGAAAAAAGAGAAAGACGUGUGCUUGUAGAUCUCACUCGAAAAAGUGAAUCUCUUUAUGGUAAAACACCUCACGAUCACACUUCACGAGAAUUGUCUGAAGUGAAAGACUUUUUAAGCUCUUAUUUCAAGCAAAAUUCAACUCUCGACAUGGGCAUUGAAUUUAAAGAUGUGAACAAUUUCACACUAUCACUGGUACAAUUAUGUAGAAGCAUGCUAGAAUUUGGAAUUUACACUUUGAAAGAUUUUGAGGACAGUGACUUGCUGAUCGCUCUGUUUGAUAUUUUACGUUCUGAUAAUGAUAAGAGAAAUGGAAUCUUAUUGAAAGAUGAAGAACGAAUCAAACAUUCAGAAGAGAAUGAAGCCAUCAUUAACAUCAAAAUUGAGGUCGCAAAAAUUUUCCACAUGCUUCUUGAUUUAACAUUAGACAAGAGAAUUACCAAGUUUCUUCAAUUCUUUUGGAUGAAGUAUCGUGUCGAAGAUGUGAAAACUGUUCUGACCGAUGAUGAGAAUCCAGAACCAACUAACGACAAGCAGAGGCAACAACUCUACAAUCUGAGAAAGAAGGAAAUUUUGAAGGUAUUUCAAGAAAUGGAACAAAAAGAACAUCAAGUGUUAACUGACAUAUUCAAAAAUGUUCUUCCAUUCGACAAGAUGGGAAACUUUGAUUUGAAAUUACUGAAUUUAACAAGCUAUGAAAAUCAAGAGCUUGCCACCACUUGUCUCAGAUUAUUAAUUCGAAAAUUUAGAGCUGCGGAUGAAUUAGCUGCUGCUUUACCAAAAGUAGAAUUAAUUGUCUCAAAGGAAAUGGCUUUAACCUAUGAUCAUCUCAGAAAACAGACCAAUGAUUUGAGAAGCAUUUUUGGAUACGGACGAAGCAAUUAUCUUGGAGCUCGUCACAUCAGCGAAUACGAAGUGAAAAAAGCCAUGAAAGCUCUUGAUGAAAUUCUCAAAGAUAUGACCACCAAUGAAAAGAGAAGUCAAAGAAUUAUUAGAAAUUUGGGCCUCUUUGAAAUCACUCUCUCGGUGUUGAGAAGCGAAUGGAUGGUCUCAAAUGAAAUCAAAGAAAGUUGUCUUAAGGUUUUAACAGCAUUCGUAAAAGAGAAUCCAGAAAAUCAAAAAUUACUCUUUCCCUAUAUGGAAUUUUUCAUGAGAAUGAUCACAGAACACAAAAAACUGAGCAAAUCCAUUGUUAUUCUAAUGUGUGAAUGUGUGAGAAAUAAUCGAGCAUUGUGUAGCACCAUUGAAGAGAAGCACAUUGAGCAAUAUAUUGAUCUCAUUGCAGAACAAAGAAGUGCUUACAUGUUACUCUUUUUGAGAACCAUUCUUUCGACACACAAUGGAAACCCAAUCAAAAGAAAUCAAUCACUCAUUACAAAAUAUUUACUCGAACGAAAGAAAGAUGUGGUGAUUUUAUUCAAAGACGAGGAAGGAAUGAGAGAACGAAACAAUCGAAUUUCAAAAGAGGAACACAAAACAGAACCUGAAGGAAUUUUAAAUUAUCACAUUGCAUUAUUGCACUUGUUAGCAACGGCUGCAGAUGGAAAAAAUCGAGAAAGUGAACAACGUCUUCAAACUCUCUUCACAUUGGAAGAAUUAUUGGAACAAGUCAUAUCUCCAUUUACAUUGCCAAUGAUUAGAAAUCCACUUGUGAAAAUUAUUAAUGAAGUUUAUGUCAAUGUUGAAAAAGUGACAGAAGUGAGUGGAGGAAGUGGAGAUGGACAUAAGAAAUCUACUAAUAUUAAUAUUCAUCAUCCUUUAAUGUACAAGAUGUUUUCAAAAAUGAUUCGUGAAUUUGAAUUUGCUGAAAUGAGUGCAUUGGCGCUCAAUGUUUCUGGAGGGAACAUAUCACUCCUCAAAAAUCAUCCAAUGUCUUGUCAGCUGUUACGUUGA